AUGGCGGCCAAGUACGGCCUAAUGCUACAUCAGAUGGACGUCAAGACAGCGUUUCUUAACGGCUCCCUCAACGAAGACAUCUACAUGGACCAGCCGGACGGAUACCUGGAUGCAACACAGCCGGACUAUGUGUGCAAGCUAAAGAGAUCACUCUACGGCUUGAAGCAAUCGCCUCGCAUGUGGAACCAAACAAUCGAUGGGUUCAUGAUCAAGAUGGGAUUCAAGAAGUGCGAAUCGGACCACUGCAUCUACAUCAAGCGAGACGACCAAGACAUGAUUCUCGUGGUGCUCUACGUCGAUGAUCUCAUCCUGGCCAGCAGCAACAACGAACUCCUCAAGUCAACCAAGAUGGCGCUGAGCAAACGCUUCGAAAUGACGGAUCUCGGUGAGCUCGAUUACCUUCUCGGCAUGGAGAUCAAGAACGACCGUAAGACGGGAAUGGUGACUGUGCAACAAACCAAGUUUAUCAAGUCCGUGUUGACCAAGUUCGGAAUGGAUAACAGCAAGCCAGUGAAGACGCCUCAAGAUCCCGGCCUGAAGCUAACCAAGAACAUGUGUGAACAAGAAUGCAAGCACGAAGACACCAUGUGCAACGCGCCAUAUCGAAGUGCUGUCGGAGGCAUCAUGUAUCUCAUGGUCGCCACACGUCCGGAUCUAGCUGCUGCAGUGGGAUCAUUAUCCCAGUUCUCGUCCGACCCAUGCCCGACUCACUGGCAAGCUUUGAAGCGUGUGCUGAGAUACCUGCAAGCAACGCCCAAUCAUGGUCUUGAGUUUACACGUGAAGAAGGAAGCCGUAUCUGCGGGUACACCGACGCAGACUGGGCCGGCGACAUUGAGUCAAGACGAAGUACAAGCGGCUAUGUGUUCAUGAUGAACGGAGGAUGCAUCAGCUGGAAAAGCCAGAAACAACGGACGGUCGCGCUAUCUUCAACAGAAGCAGAAUACAUGGCGCUUUCCGAAGCAACCAAAGAAGCAGUAUGGCUCAAAGUGCUUUUGGGGGAACUUGAUGAGAUGACAAGCGACGAAGCGAUCAAGAUGUAUGAAGACAACCAAGGAUCAAUCGCUCUCGCCAAGAACCCGGAGUUCCAUAAGAGAACAAAACACAUCGACAUACGCUACCAUUUUGUGCGUGAGAAGGUGGAAUCAGGUGAAGUCGUUUUGGAGUAUUGCCCGACUCAAGAUAUGCUGGCAGACAUGAUGACCAAGUCGAUCGCCGCUGUACAAUUUGAAAACAUUCGCGAUCGACUUGGGAUCCAAGGUGCCGCAGCUAACGAGUCGAGAGGGAGUGUUGAAAAGACAGCGGCUGUGAAGAAGACACCUCGUCAAGCUGCGUCAAGGGUUGAAGCAAGUGGAAGACCAUGUUGA